GUUUUUGCACGGGAAAAGCAAACAACUUCCGGUGUUUCGAUUGUUUCUUUUCUCUAACCGUCGUUCAGUGUGUUUUACUGUUUAUUUCACUUUUUCCCCACGAACGCUGAUGAUUGAUGACGGACUUUCUAUUUUUAGAUGCCUAAUGUUACUCCAGCUGGAUCUUCUCCUCCACCUGUGAGUGGAAGUGUUGGAGAUCCGCAGCAGCUCCACCCAGCUGAAACAGUGAGCUACAGCCGGGCUCUUCUAGAGGACACUCCCGAUCCUGGACUUCCUGAAGGGCUCAGUGUGGAGGCGAAUCGCUGUCCGGAGCAGCUUAAUACAGGUGAAGAGAAAACUUCGGGAGAUGACGAGCGAGCAUGCAAUCAGCUGAAAAACAGAGAAGAGGUCAUUAAAGAGAUCAGCAUCAGCAGCAAGGCUUUCAUCGGCCCCGCGUGUCGACCGCAGCCUCAGUUAGAGGAUGAGCUGAGCGAGUUUUAUAAAGAGCUUAAGCAAAUCCAACAGCCAGACACUGUAACUGGGAAUAAUGGGAGUUUAUCUCAACCCGGGCCUCCAUCAGACACUGUAGAUGGGAAUAGACAGCGUGUCUCUCAUUCCUGGCCUCCAUCAGACUCUGAAGAUGGGAAUAGUCACUAUGUCUCUGAUUCCUGGCCUCCAUCAGACACUGUAGUCGGGAAUAAUGAGAAUGUUUCUCGGUCCUGGGCUCCACCAACCAACUCACCAGCCAUAAAAGAGAAAGGGAACAAUCACAGGAAUACCUACAGGCCUUAUCCAGCUACCCGGCCACAAACAGACUACAGGAACACACCACAAUGGAGACCUCAGCCUCAUGACACGACAUACAAUUGGUCAAAUCCACACAGUUUUCAAAAUCAGUGGCAGCUUCCUCCACCAAACAUCCACUUCUAUCCUCCACCUCGACCCGGAAAUCCCCCGCACCCGCCGUACUCCCAGCAUCACGGACACUGGUGCAGUCAACCUGCUGAACCCAGCUUCCAGUUCAGUCCUGAUGUCAGACUCGCUUCAUCUCACGGCCCAGCUUCAUAUGCUCCGUAUGAAGGGUUUGAAAGACCGCAAUACGAGGAACAGGAUUCUCAGGAUGUGAACCAACACACGUGUAACGACGAGCCGGUGUUGAUUUUGAUGAGAGGAGUCCCAGGUUCCGGGAAAUCGACUCUGGCCAGGCAGAUAUCAUCCAGAGGUCCAAGUGGGCUGAUCCUCAGCACAGACGAUUUCUUCUACCGGAAGAACGGCUACCACUUCGAUCCCGCUCUGCUCGGAGACGCACACGACUGGAACCACAACAGAGCCAAACAAGCCAUGCUGAAAAGACACACCCCGGUUAUUAUCGACAACACAAACGUUCAGGCCUGGGAAAUGAAGCCGUACAUCACUGUGGCUUUAGAGAUGGGGUACAGAGUGGAGUUUGUUGAGCCGGACACCGGCUGGAAGUGUGAUCCUGUGGAGUUGGAAAAGAGGAAUCAUCACGGAGUCUCGAGGGAAACUAUAGCAAACAUGCUGGACCGAUUCGAGGUCCCCAUCAGCGUGGACAUCGUCAUGACUUCCUGUGAACCUUCUCAUAAAAGAAAAAAACAUCGUCCCAGACAUUACAGACACAGAAGAUGACACGUGUAUAUAUAAAUAUAAAUAAACACUAUAUUGCCAAAAGUUUUGGGACACCCCUCCAAAUAAUUGGAUUCAGGGGUUGUUCUCGGCCCCUUAGUUCCAGUGAAAGGAACUCUUAAUGUUUCAGCUUCAUACCAAGACAUUUUAGACAAUUUCAUGCUCCCAGCUUGAGGAAACAGUUUGGGGAUGACCCCUUCCUGUUCCAACAUGACUGUGCACAAAGCAAGGUCCAUAAAGACAUGGAUGAGUGAGUUUGGUGUGGAGGAACUUCACAGAGUCCUGACCUCAACCCCAUAAAACACCAUUGGGAUGAAUUAGAGUGGAGACUGUGAGCCAGACCUUCUCGUCCAUCAUCAGUGCCUGACCUCACAAAUGCACUUCUAGAGAGGAACAGUCAAAAAUUCCCAUAGACACACCCCUAAACCUUGUGGAAAGCCGACCAGAAGAGUUGCUGUUAUAGCUGCAAAGUGUGAGCCAACUCCAUAUUACAUUCAUGUGCAUGUAAAGGCAGACGUCCCAAAACUUUUGGCAAUAUAAUGUGUAUAUAAAAUUUUAACAGGAAAUGAAUGUAUUUUUGUGAUUAUUUUUGUGACAUUUAUGAAGAGAUUUUAAACAGUGUUGACACUCUGGUCAGCAAUUUUAUAUAAACAUGACCGGAUGUCUUGGUUUGAACGGAUUGUGAAAAUAAUUCAUAAUAAGUCUUUAAUAUUAAUGAUGCAAGUCAUUACAUCAAAUCAGUUUUUUUAUUUUAAGGAACCGAGGUCAUAGAUCUUCAGAUUUGUAGGAUCUCUAAACUGUAUUUGACAGCAGAAAGCUGAAUGCUUGUUGCUGUUUUUUCCUUUUUGAAAGCUUUGUAUGGAUCGUCUGAUGCCGACUUUCCUUUCCUUUUCCUUUUCUGUGUAAAAUCCGACUGUAACGUAAUUGAAAUUCACUUUCUCCAUCCUUGGGAGAAUUUCAUCACUCUGAUCUGAUAGAAACUCAGGAAAACCUCAGAGGAACCCUCAGGUAAAAUGUACAAAAAUACCUUUUUAUUUCAAAAUGAAAAAUCUUAAAAGAUGGCUGGUGCAUUUUAUUCUUGUCUUCAUGUUUGUGAUGUUUAAUGAUGUUAUUAAAUGCCAUGUUUAUAAUAC